GCCAUGGUGGAGAUGGCUGAGGAGGCCACAGAACCUGCCAAAGUGGACAUCAUGGGGCUGUGCCAGCACAUGUUCUCCAAAAUGGCCACAUACCUGACAGGUAAGCUGAAAGCCACCAGUUCAGACUAUAAACUUCUGGAAAAUAUGAACAAACUGGCCAGCCUGAAGUAUCUAGAAAUAAAAGAUAUCACAGUAAACAUAAGUAGAAACCUAAAGGACUUAAAUGGGAAAUAUGCAGCACUUCAGCCUUAUCUGGAUCUGAUCACUUUAAUUGAGGAGCAAGUAGCAGCUCUGAAGCAGGCAGCCUACAAGUUGGAUGCAUAUUCUAAGAAGCUAGAAGCAAAGUACAAGAAGUUAGAGAGGUGA